CUUCGCUUCCGCUCGGAGCCCUUCGUUUCGUGCUCUGCAUCCAUUUAGGACCGUGGUUAUCUCUAUAGUAACCGACGCGCAGUGUUAAUGUUUUCAGUUUUGAACACUUUAGUGCGUAUUUCGUUUGUUACUUAUGUGGAGGAAAUUGAGUACGUUCGUUCGGUUGGUCAAUUGUUGGAAAUAAAAUGCUUUACUAUCUGUAGUCUACUUUUGGUGCUGGUAGAUAUACUGUAACGAAAUCCUCUAAGCACCCUAGCUGACAGCACAGGCGUUUGUGCGUAGCGCUGCUGAACUCUGUUGGUUUGUUACGCCGACCUGAAUUUAAGAGAAUCUCACAAGCACACAAAAAAAUCAUGCCUGAUAAAAAGAAACAGCUAAAAGGGAAGAAGUCUUCAAUGUCAGAUACUGCUAUUUCUCUUAAAAAGUUCAUGAAAACGUAUGAAAAUCACUGUGCACAGACUCAGACUUAUGUUAGCCCAACUGUCAAAAAGGGAGUACAGAGAGCCAUAGAAAAUGGCAAGCCACUUUCCAAGAUAAUAUUAGCUUGUCCUGACAAGUCCAUUGGUGGUCCCCGUCCAGUGUACCUUAAGCCACUAAUUAUGGCUAUUCGUGAUGAACGGUACAUGAUAGCGAAGGAACUAUGUGUCUGGAAUGUACAACUUAACAAUCAGGAGAUUGCAAACCUUUCUAUCCUUCUAGAACUGCAGGGGCUGACAAAAUAUCCAUUUUCCAAGCUGGAACUCUUUGACUGUGGAAUAGAUGCUUGGUCAGUUGAACGACUUGGAAAAUCCAUUAACUUUAGCAGUCUGACCUCAGUGAAUCUUGAUUAUAAUGAAUUUGGAGAUGAAGGACUGAAGCGCUUUGUGCUAGGCUUACAAGGACACAGUCAGCUUUUGUCUGUCAGUAUGUGUUAUUGCAAUCUGGGGCCAUCAAGUGGUGCUCCAUUGGGUGAGCUCAUAUCUCAGUCUGCCAUUCAUGAACUGUACCUUAAUGGGAAUUACUUACAAUGUGAGGGGAGUAUGGAACUCAUCAGACCACUUGUUGAUAGCCUUGAAAAACAAGAGCAAAAGUCGCUUUAUGAAUCAGGACACAUCAUUGUCAAACAUUUUUUGGAAGCUACUCAGUUGUCAGGAAUUCAGUCUGCUGUGUCUGCUGUGUCUGAUGGUUUCACAGAACAAGAGGCAGCCCAACCUCCACAAGGAAUGUCUGUAACAAACAAGAAAAAGGGAAAGAAAAAAGUAAGAAAGAAGAAGAAAGGUGAACAACUUAAACCAGGACCAUGGUUAACUAAGCUGCACUUAGCUGAUAAUGGCAUUGAUGGAAGAGGAAUGAAAGGAAAGCCAGCACCACUGGAGUUCAUACAGAUGAUAUGUCAGUUAAUCAAGGACUCUAAGCAUUUAAUUGAACUGGAUCUAGAAGAUAAUUCAGUUGGAGACCUAAGUGGCAACGAGAUACUGGAAGCACUCAAACAGAGAAAAGAAGCCAAACACCCUAUGUUACAAAUCAGAGUAACAGCUCGGAUGAAUCCUGAUACAUUCAGUGCUAUUUUCAAGUAUAGCAAGAAGCUCAAAUCAAUCAAAAAACAUAAGAAAAAGAAGACCAAGAAGUAAUUAGAAGACUCGCUACUCUGGAAUUUCUGACAUGGUCUCAUAUCAACUAACAACAUCAGAAUUCCAUGAAUAUCUAUUUGGAUGAUAGUGAUAAGAAAGCUACAGUGGUAGCUUGCAAUAUAAAUGACAUCUGACUUGGAGUCAUUUGAAAGCUAAAAUGAACUGGUUUUUAUCAUUUUUAUUAAACCAUGGUAUUUCUGCUGAACAAUCUGCUUGUCUGUAGCUGAACCCAGUGCCAAUGUACAGUGUAUCAAAAGCAGCUUAGAUGGAUUUAGCAUUAGCAAGUUAACUGGUUCACCUGAGCAGACAGCAUUUACAUCUAAUACUUCAUGUCCCAGUAACACUUUAAUUUGUUUUUCAAAAACAUUUUUAUUUUGUUUUCAUUAUAAACAUAUGCAAAUGUAUAUAUAACAAAUACAGUAAAACAAUAACAAAACUAUUUACAAUACUUCACCAAAGAAAGCAGCCACACCAGUCCAGUAGUUGAGGCAAUAAGGCUCACAAUCAGGCAAAAAUCAACCAGGUUUAUUAACGUGUCAAAAAUAUAGCAGCAGUACACUCCACACACGUUUUCGUCAAUUUAAAAGACUUCAUCAGAUACAACAAAUUCUUCAUACCACAGGUUUAAAUACUAUAACAAACCACUAAUUAAUAAAUUAACAGGUCAUUAAUUAUACUUUAAAGCAAAAGACCACAUAAAAUCACCCAUUCCAACAAAUGAAAUUACCAAUACAAUAGGUGUAACUGGUACAUCUUAAACUACAAAAGCACUGAACCAAGAGCAUAGAUACAUAACUAUGUUCAUUUACUAAUGUAAAUUUAAAAAAAGUUAUACAAAUAAUGCGUAUAAAAACAACUUAAAUACUAAAAAUAAGAUAUAAUGUACCUUGGUUUUUAAAUAAAAUGUGCCUUAAUUUUUAAAAAAGGAACAAUAGAAAUAGAUUCAUUAAGACCGGGGGGUCUAUUGGCCUCCAACAAAAUCUGCCAAUAAGUUUCUUUGUGGGCCAAACGUGCCUCCCAUGGCCCCCCCCUAAUGUCUUUAGGGACCACAUCCAGGACAAAAAACAGAAACUUAGCAUUGUUACAUAUAGUAGUAUGCUUAUACAGAGCACUAUUAAUUUUGCACUUGGAGAUAUCAUAAAUGUGCUCGUAAAUGCGCCUGGAAAACAACCUUUCGGUUUUACCAACGUAAAACGCUGGACAUUGUUGGCAUAUAGCCAAAUACACCAAACCAGCAGUUUUACAGUUGUAAUGACCCCUGGCCUUGAUAUCCCUGCCUCUGCUUUCCACAAAAACAUGGCUAGCUUGAAGUAUGUACUUACAAGAGGAGCAAUGGCCACACUUAAAGACCCCCACAUUGGGUCUAGAAUACAAGGUGGAAACAUGUUGUUGCUCCAAGGUCUUUUUAAUAUUAGUGCCCCUCCUAAACACAGUUCUAACGUCUUUACCCUUGAACGUAUCCAAGUCGGUCAACUCCUUAAAGGUGUCCCAUUCCCUUUCCACAAUAUUUCUUAUGUGGGAGGCAUUUCCACUAAACUGUGUAAUAAAGGUAAAACUACCUACAAACCUGUCAGUGGUACUGUUGGUAUUACUACCUAAGGUGUUUCCACCAGCCCCCCCCAAAAUAGGAUUGCAAUAUAAAUGACAUCUGACUUGGAGUCAUUUGAAAGCUAAAAUGAACUGGUUUUUAUCAUUUUUAUUAAACCAUGGUAUUUCUGCUGAACAAUCUGCUUGUCUGUAGCUGAACCCAGUGCCAAUGUACAGUGUAUCAAAAGCAGCUUAGAUGGAUUUAGCAUUAGCAAGUUAACUGGUUCACCUGAGCAGACAGCAUUUACAUCUAAUACUUCAUGUCCCAGUAACACUUUAAUUUGUUUUUCAAAAACAUUUUUAUUUUGUUUUCAUUAUAAACAUAUGCAAAUGUAUAUAUAACAAAUACAG